UUGACAGCUACGGAAUGUGCAUUGCAUAAAACUUUUUUUUUACGGAGAAAACGGAAAAUAACAAAAAAAAUAGCGGACUUCCAAAUGCAAAAACGUACACAUCGUGUCUAGAGAUAAUACGACUGUGUAAAUCAAAAUUUUUUGGUUUAUUGAAAUCCCUGAAAAGAUUUGCAUUUUAAAGAAACUAAAAUUGUGCACAAAUAUCAAUUAUAACGUCGAAUUGUGUGUGUUUUUAUUUGACCGCCAAAAGAAAACAUAAAAAUGUGUUUUUAAUUGGAAAGAAUUAUUAUAGUAAAGAAAAAAAGCGCAUCAUUUUGAACUUCAAAUACACAAACAAACGAAGAGAAAACAUUCGCAUACGAAAAAAAAGAACACAUUCAAAAUUCAUCGAUAAAAUUAAGGGCAAACAAUAUACCAGAGAUAAUCGUUCGAUUUUAUUCAUCCAAUUAACAACAUUUUGUAAGCAUAUAUACAUAUAUAUAGAGAAAGAGUAUACGCAGCAGCAACAACAACAACAUCCACAUAGAAAAAAUGGAUUGUAACGUUCAAGGAUCACCAGAGGCAAAGAAACCUUGUAAGGGUAUUUUGAAAACAUCAAGUAGCUUUGACAAACAUUCUGUAUCGCAACGCAGAAAGAGCACAAAAUUCGAUGAACUCAAUGUAUUGCAAACAUACCAUCCAGUUGACAAGGAUUAUGGCCACAUGAAAGUUGAAGAACCAAAAACACCAUUCAAUUAUGCAGAUCCAGACGACCAAAUCUUGGACCAACUGGACGCCGAAGUUCUUACUGAACGGCUAAAAAUGUCCGAGCCGCGAAAAUCGUUGGACGAAACAGAUGAUGCUGAUGAAAGUUCGGACGAUGACGAACACAGCUAUGAAACGCCAGAAGAAAAGCAACGUCGGCUAGACUUUGAAAAACGACGCAAAUUACACUACAAUUGUAGUGAAGUCGGUCCAAAUCAUACAACAGCAAAUGAAUUUGAAGCAAUGAAAUUGGCCAGAAAGUUGAUGGAAGAGGAAGAAGAAGAGGAUGAUGACGAUAAAAUAGCAGCGGUAGACGAUCGAAGUCAAGAAGCAUCGGUGUCUGGUGAUAAAUGCGCCGAUGGAAAAAACGAAGUGGAAAUGGACAAUGAUAACUCAUAAGAAUGCUGUAAUGGACAUUGUCGACUCUUAUAUAAGAAAUAAAUAAAUCCAACACCAAAUGCAAUUGAUUAAGCAACCACAUGAAAAACAGCAACAAAUUAAAAAACAAAACAAACAACAGAAAAUCAAAAUUGAACGUAAAAUAAAUACGAUUUCUAUGUAAUAAUCAGCUCUGCUGUCACUUAUUGACUAAAAAUUCGGCCAGCUAUUAUUUUGCUGUCCGGUUGAUUUUGUAUGAAAAGAAUUCGUACAAUGACUGGCAGCAGUGCUGAUCAAGUAUGUGUAAAUGUAUAGUGAAUUAUGGACACCUUUAAAUGAAAUAACUCGAUCGAAUCAUUUUCUAUAUAUGUCUUGUCUUGUGAACCACACAAGUGUCAUGAAGAAUAAUACUUAAUUUGGUACUGAGUAAAAAAAAAAGAUGCAUUUUGAAAUAAAAUGCGUUCUUAUAACAUACACACAAACUCAUGAAAAAACACAUACAUAGCCAGUGAAUUUAGUUUAUAGACAUAAAUAUUUUCUGAUAUUGUUGUAGUGAAAGCUAUGUCUCAAUUUAAUUUUUUCUUGUGACUAUAGCUAAACGUAGAUGAAAUCAAUGUAAAACUUAAAUCAAAAUAUGUUAUUUAUUUAUUAUUUAUCAUUUUUUUUGAAAAUCUGACUGCAUUUUAAAGAUGACAAAAGAAAAAAAAAUCGCUUCAAAUCCUCGUUGGCCAUGCCAUGGCCUUUGUACAAAUAACGGUGAUUGACGUUUCGAUUAAAAUUAAAUCAUUUUUGUUUACACCGAGUCGGUGCAAAAUUCAUUUACCGACAGUUAAUAUUUUUCAUUGAAUAUUUUAUUUGACUUGAAUAUUAUGUGAUUGAAUGUGACAAUGUGAAUGGUGCUAAUUUAGCCGUAGCACGAAAGAAAGAGACGGCAAAAUCGGUGGCAAAAAAUUGAAAAAUCAAUAGCAAAUAUAUCACAAAAAAAAAGGAUUAAAUUUAUUUUGAAAAAAACAUCAAUUUUUUUUUUUUUAUUGUAUGUUUAAUUCAAAUCGAAAAUUUAUGAUUGAUCUAUUAAUAAUUUCAUUUAAAAAAAAUAUUCAAUCAUCUAUUCGAAUAGCUGCGCUAAAAAAUGUCCUGCAAUUCUUUUGUCGCUGGUACAAAAAAAACGAAUUAGUAAAUAAAAUGUAAUUUAAUUUUUUUGCUUAUUAUUUUUCAUUUUAAAUGGACUUAAAAAGUAAACGAGAAAUGAGAUUUAUGUAAACUUAGCGAAUAAUUGUGAUAAUAAAUCAAACAAAAUGAAUAGAAUUUAAUUAAAUAAACAAAUAAUAACAGAAAUUGAAUGGAUGAAUGCAUCCUGUGAGGAAUGAGCAAUAGAGAAAAAAAUACUGAAUAAAAAUGAAAUACCUACCACUGUGAAA